AUGCCAACUUUCAAUUGCUGUAUAUAUAUUUUUAUUUUUAUUUUUUCUUCUAUACUGUCUGUGUGUGCUGCGAUGUGCGUGUUUUUUUUUUUUUGUGUGUGUCUGCUGUUGUUUACAUCUUUUUUUUUUUCUUUUUUUUUAUUGCGAUCCCCACCCCGUCACACUCCAAAUUUUACUUUUUUAGUGUUUUUUUUUUUUUUUCGGUUUCCUGUUGGGAAAUCACUUUUUUGGGAGAUGCCUUUGCCCACUCGAGGCAGUGACGAUGCCGCGUACAACACGCGGAAAUUGGCGCUCCUGCCGGCACUUAUCGGAAUGAAGGGACUUUUGAACCACCACAUUGCCUCGUUUGACCACUUAAUAAACGUGGAGUUGAAGAGGAUUCUUUUGAAUGAGUCCAACAGGGAGAUUAAGAGCAGCAUCGACCCGGACUUCUCCAUUCGAUACACAAAUAUCCGGGUUUGUCAACCGAGGGAGAUUGUGGGGAAGGGGCAGUUACCAAAGGUCGUUUCUCCACACGAAUGCAGGACCCGCGAUCUCACCUAUCGUGGGGAUAUGAUUGUGGAUGUGGAGUAUACAAGUCGUGACCGCAACAAACGGCCGUGCACGGAGACCGAUAUUAAAAUUGGGACAAUUCCCAUCAUGCUGAAGUCGAGUUCAUGUAAUCUGUUUGGAAAGACUCGUGAGGAGCUGGUCGCGAUGCGGGAGUGUCCUCUUGACCCAGGCGGUUACUUCAUUAUCAAAGGAGUGGAAAAGGUAUGCUUGGUACAAGAGCAGCAGAGCAAAAAUCGUGUCAUUAUUGAAGCGGAUGACAACGGCAAUAUUGUGGCUCAUGUUCAGAGCAAGACGCACUAUUCCAUUUCAA